AGAAAAAGAAAAAGAAGCAAGCAAGCAAGCAAGAAAGAGAAGAGAAGAGAGGGGGAGAGAGAAGAGAGAAGUGUGAAAAUGAAUUUGCGAUGGAUGGAAGCGAUGCUGCCACUGGGGAUCAUAGCGGGAAUGCUCUGCGCCAUGGGUGGCAUUCAGUACACCAUUCACAAAGCCGCUCACGGCAGACCUAAGCACAUUGGGAACGAUAUGUGGGACGUCGCCAUGGAACGGAGGGACAAGAAGCUCAUGGAGCAAGCCUCCGCUUCUUCCAAUUGAUCGCCACCUGUUUGUUUAAUCAAUGUGUUGCGAGGGGAAUAAAUUGCUUACCUGGAGUUCCAGUUGUGUUCUGAGGAAGCGAGGUGAAUCACUACUACAAAAUUUCUCUCACUUUUCUUGUAUGCUAUCCAAUGUAAGCUUUAUAAAGAUACCAUCAAGUUACUUUCUCAAAGCAAUAGGCAUUUGAAAGCUAGUUUGAGAUAUUUGUUCCCUUUUAAGCUUUAGAACUUUUUUAUUUCGCUUA